UCAGACGUGCUUCUCCCCGGCUCGGGGCGCCGAGGCGGCUUCGGGGAGUUGUCCAACAUGGAGGAGGCACCGGCUGCGGGCGUCACCUGUGAGCGGGACUAGCACCCGCCUGGCGUUCCGGGCAGCGGUGCCGGGUCCCGAGCCCGGGGACUCCGCCGCCUGCACGCCCCACGGCGGACCCCGGCUCCGGUCGCUGCUCGGGCCGCGGGGUUCCCGACGGGGACGCAGCGCGAGGAGGGAGCGCGGCGGCCCCGAGUCCCCCUGAGCCAUGGGCAACGAGGCGAGCUUGGAAGGGGAAGGGCUCCCGGAAGGGCUGGCGGCGGCGGCGGCGGCGGCGGCAGCAGCCGGAGGAGGGGCUGGCGGGGCGGGGAGCUCCUUGCACACCGUGAUCCCGGCCGGCAUGGAGGCGGAUCUGAGCCAGCUGAGCGAAGAGGAGAGGAGACAGAUCGCCGCUGUCAUGUCAAGGGCGCAGGGGCUGCCCAAGGGAAGCGUCCCCCCGGCCGCUGCGGAGCCGCCUUCCAUGCACAGGAAGCAAGAGUUGGAGAGUAGUCAUCCUCCAAAGCAACCCGGAAAACCGCCGGACCCUGGGCGUUCAGCUCAGCCUGGUCUCAGUAAAAGUAGAACUACAGACACUUUGAGGUCAGAGCAGAAGUCGCCUGGAAGGAGUCCUUCCACUAUUAGCUUGAAAGAAUCAAAGUCCAGAACUGAUUUGAAGGAAGAGCACAAGUCUAGUAUGAUGCCUGGCUUCCUCUCAGAGGUUAACCCUUUAAGUGCUGUCUCCUCUGUUGUAAAUAAAUUCAAUCCUUUUGAUUUGAUAUCAGACUCUGAUGCAUCCCAGGAAGAAACUGCCAAGAAACAAAAAAUAGCUCAGAAAGAACCAGGCAAACCUGAAGGAAUCACAAAGCCUCCAUCACAACAAUCACCUAAGCCAGAUCCAAAGCAGCAGGGACCUGUGAGGGUCCCACCACAGCAGGAUGGCUCUCCCAAAUCAGGAUCUUCUCAGCAACCGGAAAAGAUGAAAUCACAGCCCCCAGGGACAGGCAAGCCAGUUCAGGGGCUUACCCAGGCACCUCAGAUAGACCAGGCACAGUUGCCACUUCAGAGAGAUGCAGCCAGGCCUCAGACUAAACAGUCCGACGCUCUAAGGGGAGAAUCAGUUAAACCCUCAGCGCAAAGCCCAACCAAACCAUCUAUUCAGCAAGCAAGUCCUGGAAAACCUCCAGCCCAGCAACCUGGACCUGAAAAAGUUGCCACACCACACCCUGGGCCUGCAAAGCCCUCAGCUCAGCAACCAGGGCCAACAAAGGCCUUAGCUCAACAGCCAGGGACAGCAAAGCCCCCAGUCCAGCCACCAGGGACAAUAAAACCUGCUGCUCAGCAGCCUGGGCCAAAGUCUUCAGCUCAGCCACUUGGGCCUGCGAAGCCUCAAGCUCAACAGGCUGGGUCAGAGAAACUUCCAUCUCAGCAGCCAGGGCCAGCAAAAUCCCAAGCUCACCAACCUGGGCCACAGUCCCCAGCUCAGCCACCUGGGCCUGCAAAAGCUCCUUCUCAGCAGGCUGGGCCAACAAAGUCUCCGGCUCAGCAGCCUGGGCCAGGAAAAACUCCACCUCAACCGCCUGGCCCAGCAAAACCCCCUCCUCAGCAGCCUGGCCCAGCAAAACCCCCUCCUCAGCAGCCUGGCCCAGCAAAACCCCCUCCUCAGCAGCCUGGCCCUACAAAGCCCCCUCCUCAGCAGCCUGGCCCGGCCAAGCCCCCUCCUCAGCAGCCUGGCUCUGCAAAGCCCCCUCCUCAGCAGCCUGGCUCUGCAAAGCCUUCACCUCAGCAGCCUGGUUCAGCAAAACCUGCUCCUCAACAGCCUGGCCCAGCAAAGCCUUCAGCUCAGCAAUCUCCAAAACCAGUAAGCCAAACAGGAGCUGGGAAACCUCUGCAUCCAUCGACUUCUCCAUCUGCAGCACAGACUCCAGUACAAGGCCUCCCUAAAACCAUCUGUCCUCUUUGCAAUACCACUGAACUUCUGUUGCAUGUUCCAGAAAAGGCCAAUUUUAACACAUGCACUGAGUGUCAAGCCACUGUAUGUAGCCUCUGUGGUUUUAAUCCCAAUCCUCAUUUAACCGAGAUAAAAGAGUGGCUCUGUUUAAACUGUCAGAUGAAGAGAGCUCUAGGAGGUGAUCUGGCUCCAGUCCCAUCAUCCCCUCAGCCCAAACCGAAGACUGCCCCCGUUACUCCUGCAUCCGCAGUGAGUAAACCAUCCCCACAGCCACAGCUGACUUCUCCAAAGAAGGAUACUGUACCCAAACAGGAUAUCUCAAAGGCCCCCGAGUCUAAGAAGCCCCCACCACUAGUGAAACAACCAACCAUUCACGGAUCUCCCCCACUGGCAGCCAAGCAGCCUCCUGUGGCCGAGUCCUCAUCCAAGCCUGCCCCUCCCAAAGAGCCUUCGGUCCCGUCUGAGCAGGCCAAGGUCCCCAUGGCUGAGGACAAACCAAAGCAACCCAAGACGGUGAAACCAGCCACAGACAUUGUGUCUUCAUUGUCGAUAGCAGCAAAACCUGAUAUUCCAAGCUCCAAAGUACAGUCAGAGGAUCAAGAGAGAACAGCCCCUCCUCUGAAAACAGAUGCUGCCAAACCCUCACAGAGUUUUCCACCAACAGGAGAAAAAGUCACCCCCGUCGAUUCUAAAGUCAUACCCCGACCUGCAUCAGAUUCAAAAAUUAUUUCACAUCCUGGGCCUAGUUCAGAGAGCAAAGGUCAAAAGCAAGUUGAUCCAGUUCAAAAGAGGGAAGAACCCAAGAAAGCACAAACCAAAAUGACUCCUAAGCCAGAUGCCAAGCCGAUGCCAAAGGGGUCACCUCCACCCCCAGGCCCACGACCUACCACUGGCCAAACUGCCCCCACAUCUCAGCAGCCCCCAAAGCCUCAGGAGCAGUCAAGACGCUUCAGUCUGAAUCUGGGAAGUAUUACUGAUGCCCCCAAAUCACAGCCCACGACGCCUCAAGAAACUGUGACUGGAAAACUCUUUGGGUUUGGAGCAUCGAUCUUCAGCCAGGCAUCAAAUUUAAUCUCCACAGCAGGCCAGCCUGGGUCUCAGUCUCAGAGUGGGCCUGGGGCCCCAACGAAACAAGGCCCUCCUCCGCCACAGCCACCUCCUCAGGGGCCACCCAAAUCCACAGGUCAGGUGCCAGCAGCACCUGCAAAGGUUAUCCCUGUGAAAAAAGAAACAAAAGCUCCAGGGGCUGAAAAAUUAGAGCCCAAAGCUGAAGGAGUUCCAACCGUAAAAAGAACAGAAACAGAAAAGAAGCCCCUGCCUGUUAAGGAUAGCAAAGCUUCAGCAGCGGAGCCUCAGAAGGCUGUCAUUCCCCCCAAGUUGGAGAAAACCCCCAAACCAGAAUCGACCUGUCCUCUCUGCAAAACUGAACUCAACGUAGGUUCUCAGGAUCCUCCUAACUUCAGUACUUGCACUGAAUGCAAGAAUCAAGUGUGUAAUCUCUGUGGAUUUAACCCUACACCGCACUUGACUGAGAUUCAAGAAUGGCUUUGUUUAAAUUGCCAAACCCAGAGAGCAAUAUCAGGACAGCUUGGAGAUAUGGGCAAAAUGCCACCUACACCUUCAGGACCCAAAGCCUCUCCUAUACCUGUCCCUCCAGAACAACCAUCCCAGAAAACAGCAAUGCCUACCCAAGUAAAAAUGAAGAAGAAGGAACAAGAAGUAAAAACAGAAGCUGAGCAAGUCAUUCCAGAAAAAGUGAAAGAAAUACCAUCAGUUGAAAAGACUGUCCCAAAGGUGACCACAGAUCACAAACGGGAGAGUCAACUAGAGGAAGACAAAACUUCAGCCCCUCAAGAAAAAAAGCCACCCCCUGAAGACAAAAAGCCACUCCCAGAAGAAAAAAUGCCACCUCUUGAAGAAAAAAAACCAACUUCUGAAGACAAAAAGCCAGCCCCUGAAGACAAAAAGUUACCUCCAGCAACAGAACCAUCAGCUCUAGAGGCGGAACAGAAACAAGACUUACUUAAAACUCAAGUACCAACCACUGAAGAAGAGCCGGAAGGCAGAGUGGCUCCUCAGGUGGUACAGGAGAAACCGCCACAGACCAAGAUGGAGGCUGCACCCUCUGGCCUACCUCCAAGUUUGCCCAAGGAAGAUGAUGAGGCGACUCAAAAGAUGAAAGGACAGCAACAAAUGGCACGCACAGCAAAGCCUGAACCUGGGAGAGAAAAAACAGAAAAGGAAGAUGACAAAUCAGACACCUCAAGUUCUCAACAACCAAAAAGCCCACAAGGUCUGAGUGACACAGGAUAUUCUUCUGAUGGGAUAUCAAGUUCACUUGGUGAAAUUCCAAGUCUUAUUCCAAGUGAUGAAAAAGAUUUGCUCAAGGGACUCAAAAAAGACUCUUUUUCACAAGAAAGCAGCCCUUCCAGCCCCUCAGAUUUGGCUAAGUUAGAAAGUACCGUUCUAUCCAUUUUGGAAGCUCAGGCAAAUACACUUGUUGAAGAAAAGGCAGAAAAGAAAACCCAACUUCAUGAGGUUUCUUCUGAACCACCUAAGGACGAACCGAAAACUCAGAGUUUAUCUGAAACCCUAGAAACUACAAUUGCAGAAGAGGAGCUCACAAAGAGUCAAGAAGAAAAGGACACUUUAAAAAAAGAUAGCCAACAAGAUGUUCCUUCCAGAAAGGACCAUGAAGAAAAGCCUGAGUUUGUUGAUGACACAGCUACCAGAAGACAGCCUUAUGAUUCAGUUGAAGACAGUAGUGAAAGUGAGAACUCACCUGUUCCACAAAGAAAACGGAGAACUAGUGUUGGUUCAUCAAGCAGUGAUGAGUAUAAACAAGAAGAUAGUCAAGGAUCAGGUGAAGAGGAGGACUUUAUUCGAAAACAAAUCAUAGAAAUGAGUGCUGAUGAAGAUGCUUCAGGUUCUGAAGAUGAUGAGUUCAUUAGGAGCCAGCUCAAAGAGAUUAGUAGUAGUAUUGAGAGCCAGAAGAAGGAAGAAACAAAAGGGAAAGGGAAAGUGACAGCAGGGAAACACAGGCGACUAACUCGGAAAAGCAGUGCAAGCUUUGAUGAUGAUGCAGGGAGACGCCAUUCGUGGCAUGACGAAGAUGAUGAGACAUUUGAUGAAAGCCCUGAGCUUAAGUACAGAGAGACUAAAAGUCAGGAGAGUGAAGAACUUAUAAUUGCUGGAGGAGGGGGGCUACGUCGAUUCAAAACAAUUGAACUCAACAGCACAAUAGCAGACAAAUAUUCUGCAGAGUCCUCACAGAAAAAAACAGCUCUGUAUUUUGAUGAGGAGCCAGAAUUAGAAAUGGAAAGCCUGACAGACUCUCCAGAAGAUAGGUCAAGGGGGGAAGGAUCUUCUAGUCUUCAUGCUUCCAGCUUCACUCCCGGCACAUCCCCUACAUCAGUGUCAUCACUUGAUGAGGACAGUGACAGUAGCCCGAGUCACAAAAAAGGAGAGAGCAAGCAGCAACGUAAAGCUCGGCACAGGUCACAUGGUCCUCUUUUACCUACUAUUGAAGAUUCUUCAGAAGAAGAAGAAUUGAGAGAAGAAGAAGAAUUAUUAAAGGAGCAAGAAAAGCAGCGGGAAUUGGAGCAGCAACAAAGAAAGACUUCUAGUAAGAAAUCAAAGAAAGACAAAGAUGAACUUCGAGCUCAGAGAAGGAGGGAAAGACCAAAGACACCACCGAGUAAUCUCUCUCCCAUUGAAGAUGCAUCUCCAACAGAAGAAUUACGUCAGGCUGCAGAAAUGGAGGAGCUCCAUCGAUCUUCUUGUUCUGAAUACUCACCUAGCAUAGAGUCAGACCCAGAAGGUUUUGAAAUAAGCCCAGAAAAAAUAAUAGAAGUGCAAAAAGUUUAUAAAUUGCCCACAGCUGUGUCUUUGUACUCACCAACAGAUGAGCAGUCUAUUGUGCAGAAAGAAGGUGGCCAAAAGGCAUUAAAAAGUGCCGAGGAGAUGUAUGAAGAAAUGAUGCAUAAAACCCUCAAAUAUAAAGCUUUUCCAGCUGCAACUGAACGAGAUGAAAUGUUUGAAAAAGAGCCUUUGUAUGGUGGGAUGUUAAUAGAGGAUUAUAUUUAUGAAUCUCUAGUAGAGGACACGUACAAUGGUUCGGUAGAUGGCAGUCUGCUAACAAGGCAAGAAGAUGAAAAUGGUUUUAUGCAGCAGAGAGGGAAAGAGCAAAAAGUAAGAAUUCCAGAACAGAUUUAUGAAGAUCCUAUGCAAAAAAUAACAGACCUCCAGAAAGAGUUUUAUGAGUUAGAAAGCUUACAUUCUGUUGUGCCUCAAGAAGACAUCGUUUCAAGCUCUUAUAUCAUCCCAGAAAGCCAUGAGAUAGUGGAUCUGGGUAGUAUGGUAACUUCUACCAGUGAAGAAAAAAAAUUAUUAGAUGCCGAUGCUGCCUAUGAAGAACUCAUGAAGAAGCAGCAGAUGCAGUUAACACCUGGAGCCAGUCCAACCCAGCCCCACAUCGGGCUUGAUAUGACAGAGUCUACUGUGGAAUUUGACAGGGUGCCUGAUGCAUCUCUGACAUCAAGUGUUCUCUCAGGAGCAUCUCUUACAGAUUCAACCAGCAGUACAACGCUCUCUAUCCCCGAUGUCAAAAUAACCCAACAUUUUUCAACAGAAGAAAUUGAGGAUGAAUAUGUAACUGAUUAUACGAGGGAAAUUCAAGAAAUAAUUGCCCACGAGUCACUGAUUUUGACCUACUCUGAGCCUUCAGAAAGUGCUACAUCUGUCCCACCCUCUGACACACCCUCUCUCACGUCAUCUGUUUCUUCAGUUUGUACCACAGAUAGCUCCUCACCUGUUACUACCUUGGAGGGCAUAACCACAGUUUAUACAGAGCCAGUGGACAUAAUAACUAAGUUUGAAGAUUCUGAGGAGAUUUCUUCAUCAACGUAUUUUCCAGGCAGUGUUAUAGACUAUCCAGAAGAAAUAAGUAUCUCUUUCGAUCGGACUGCCGUACCAGAUGGAAGAACCAGUGCUGAACAUAUUGUGAUUUCCUUAUCUGAUAUGGAACCUCCUAGCAUAGAAUCUGUAGGAGCUAAACCCGAGGGACUCAUUGCCGGCACUAUUUCCACUGACUCAUCUCCAUCUGAAAAAGACCCAAUGAAGAAAGCCAAGAGGGACACAGGGAAUGGAAUUAUUCUUGAGGUUUUGGAAGCUUACAGAGAUAAAAGGGAAAAGUCUGAGGUUGAACUAACAAAAAUGGGCUUAUCUGAAACUGUGUUUGAUCACCUUCCUUCUUCUGCUAUUGCCAUGGAGGAGCAGGUUCCAGCAACAUGCUUCCUGUCUGGACGGGUCUUUGAUCAAGCAAAACCUGCAUCUCAGUUACCAUCUGGCCAUCCUUCUGUUACCCCUCUACCAACUAAAACUCGUCCAUUCUUCAGAAGUUCUUCUUUGGAUGCAUCAGCCCAACCUCCUCCCCCACCUCCCCCUCCGCCUCCCCCUCCUCCCCCUCCCCCUCCUCCUCCUCCUCCUCCACCUCUUCCUCCACCAACCUCACCUAAACCACCUGUUCAUUCUAAAAAAAAGUUAACAGUUACAGCUCCAGUGACUCUAACUCCUACAGCUACACCUCUAGUUGAUGCUGUUACUACAAUAGAGACCACAGCUAUUCCAAGAAGUAGUGGGUUACCUAUAACAAAAAUAUGUACCAUUGCACCUCCUCCUGUUCCUCCUAAACCAUCUUCCAUCCCAUCUGGACUUGUAUUUACACACAGACCUGAGCCAAGUAAACCUCCAAUUGCCCCUAAACCAGCAGUUCCUCAGCUUCCAGUAACUCCACAAAAAUCAGCAGAUACACACCCCAAACCGACAGGUCUAUCUUUAACUUCAAAUUUGACACUAAAUUUAGUGACUUCAGCAGAUUAUAAAUUACCUUCCCCUACUUCCCCACUUUCCCCUCACUCUAACAAGUCCUCCCCAAGAUUUUCCAAAUCCCUCAUGGAAACCUACGUGGUUAUCACAUUGCCUUCUGAACCUGGGACUCCAACAGAUUCUUCAGCUAGUCAAGCAAUUACCAGUUGGCCCCUGGGAUCACCCCCCAAAGACCUGAUUUCCAUCGAACCAGUGUUUUCUAUAGUUUCUCCUUUAACAACUGCAGGAAUGCCAAGUUCUUCAGAACAGAGCUUUUACAUCUCCGGAGCUCUGGAGACAUUUUCUGCUCUCCCUGUCACAACACUGUCUUCAUUUCAGGCAGCCCCAACUUCAGUGACACAGUUUUUUACAACUGAAGUUUCUAAGGCUGAGGUCUCAGCAGCCAGAAGUGCAAUUCCUAGUGUUGGUCUCAGCAGUGUCUCAAUUUCAAUUCCUCCAGAGCCUCUUGCUCUAGAUAACCUACAUUUAGAGAAGUGUCAGCAUAAGGAAAACGGAAAGGUGCAGCUUGUUGGGGAUGCCAUUGAUUUGCGUACAGUACCAAAAGUAGAAGUUAAAGCAACUGAAAAGGGUAUGGAUCUUUCUGCUUCCACCAUGGAUAUGAAAAGGCAGGCCACCACAAGUGACAUUUAUGGCAGACAGAUUAGUGCUGUCCAGCCCUCCAUUAUAAAUCUCAGUGCUACUCCAUCAGUAAUAAGACCUAUGUCCCUGGUCACUGAGACAGUGACUGUUGUCACGUGUGCAGCUAGUUCAAGUUACACCACAGGUACAGAAAGCCUAGCGGGCGCAGCACAUGCAACAACAGCACCACUCCAGCUUACUACAUCAAAGCAUGCUGAGCCUCCAUACAGGAUACCAAGUGGCCAGGCCUUCCCUGCAGUUAGGGAGGACGCACCAAUAAACUUAUCCUUAGGUCCUUCGGCACACCCAGUGACAUUGGCUAUUACAAAACCUGUUAUUGUGCCUCCUGUUGGUGUCACAAAUGGAUGGACUGAUAGCAUCACAUCCCAGGGGAUCACUGACGGGGAAGUAGUAGACCUCAGUACAACAAAGUCUCACAGAACUGUUGUAACGAUGGAUGAAUCCACGUCAGGUGUGGUGACCAAAAUAAUAGAAGAUGAUGAAAAGCCUGUUGAUCUGACUGCAGGAAGAAGAGCUGUAUGCUGUGAUAUGGUUUAUAAGUUACCCUUUGGAAGGAGCUGCACAGCCCAGCAGCCUGCAACUACUCUUCCUGAGGAUCGUUUUGGUUAUAGGGAUGACCACUAUCAAUACGAUCGCUCAGGGCCAUAUGGUUAUAGAGGGAUUGGGGGAAUGAAACCUUCCAUGUCUGACACUAAUUUAGCAGAAGCUGGACAUUUUUUCUAUAAAAGUAAAAAUGCUUUUGAUUACUCUGGAGGAACUGAUGCAGCAGUAGAUCUAACUUCAGGGAGAAUUGCUACAGGUGAGGUAAUGGAUUAUUCAAGCAAGACUACAGGUCCAUAUCCAGAAACACGACAAGUCAUUUCAGAAGUUGGGAUUAGUACCCCACAGUAUUCCACAGCAAGAAUGACUCCACCUCCAGGAUCCCAGUAUGGUGUGGGGAGCGUUUUGAGGUCAACUAAUGGUGUUGUCUAUUCUUCAGUAGCAACUCCAAUUCCCUCCACAUUUGCUAUUACCACACAGCCUGGCUCCAUUUUCAGCACCACGGUGAGGGAUUUGUCUGUUGUGCACACAGCUGACGCAGUGACUUCAUUAUCCGCCCUGCACCAGAGCCAGCCAAUGCCUCGAUCAUAUUUCCUAACAACAGGUGCAUCUGAAACAGACAUGGCGGCAACUGGUAUUGAUAUCAAUGCCAGUUUGCAAACUCUUACAAUGGAACCUCUUACUGCUGAGACAAUAGACUCAGUUCCCACUUUAACCACAGCAUCUGAAGUGUUUCCUGAAGUGGUGGGAGAUGAAAGUGCUAUUUUAAUUGUCCCCGAAGAAGAUAAACAACAGCAGCAGCUCGACUUGGAGCGUGAGCUCUUGGAACUGGAGAAAAUUAAGCAGCAGCGUUUUGCUGAGGAACUGGAGUGGGAACGUCAGGAAAUUCAAAGAUUCCGGGAACAAGAAAAGAUCAUGGUUCAAAAAAAGCUGGAGGAGCUACAGUCUAUGAAGCAGCACCUUCUCUAUCAGCAAGAAGAAGAGCGGCAAGCCCAGUUCAUGAUGAGGCAAGAGACAUUAGCUCAGCAACAGUUACAGCUGGAGCAGAUCCAGCAGCUGCAGCAACAGCUUCACCAGCAGCUAGAAGAGCAAAAGAUUCGCCAGAUCUACCAGUAUAACUAUGACCCUUCUGGAACUGCUUCUCCACAGACCACAACGGAGCAGGCAAUUUUGGAGGGUCAGUACGCUGCCCCAGAAGGCAGUCAGUUUUGGGCAACAGAGGAUGCAACCACCACUGCCUCCGCUGUUGUGGCGAUUGAAAUACCACAGAGCCAAGGGUGGUACACGGUUCAGUCUGAUGGUGUUACUCAGUACAUCGCCCCACCUGGCAUCCUGAGUACUGUUUCAGAAAUACCUCUGACAGAUGUGGUGGUAAAAGAUGAGAAACCACCCAAAAAGAGAAGCUCUGCAGCUAAAGGCCGUGGACAAUAUGACGAGAUGGGGGAAUCCGAUGAUCCCCGGUGCUUUAAAAAGAUCGUGGACAGCGGCGUACAGACGGACGAUGAGGAUGCAGCUGAUCGGAGUUAUGUGAGUCGGAGGAGGAGAACCAAGAAGAGCGUUGAUACGAGCGUCCAAACCGAUGAUGAAGAUCAGGACGAAUGGGAUAUGCCUACUAGAGCAAGGAGAAAAGCUCGAGUCGGCAAGUAUGGUGACAGCACUACGGAGGCUGACAAGACCAAACCCCUUUCCAAAGUCUCCAGUAUAGCAGUUCAAACAGUAGCAGAGAUAUCUGUGCAGACUGAACCAGUGGGAACCAUAAGAACACCGUCAGUACGGGCGCGCGUGGAUGCCAAGGUAGAAAUAAUUAAACACAUUUCAGCACCUGAAAAGACUUACAAAGGGGGCAGUUUAGGAUGUCAAACAGAAGCAGAAUCAGACACACAGAGUCCUCCAUACCUGAGUGCCACAUCUCCACCCAAAGACAAGAAACGCCCAACACCUUUAGAGAUUGGUUACUCAUCUCACCUUCGGGCAGAUUCCACAUUACAGCUGGCUCCUUCCCCACCCAAAUCUCCAAAAGUCCUUUAUUCACCCAUCUCACCACUUUCACCAGGCAAAGCCUUAGAAUCAGCCUUUGUACCUUAUGAAAAACCCCUCCCUGAUGAUAUAAGUCCGCAGAAAGUACUGCAUCCAGAUAUGGCUAAAGUGCCCCCUGCAAGUCCUAAGACAGCCAAGAUGAUGCAGCGGUCCAUGUCUGACCCCAAGCCUCUGAGUCCAACAGCAGAUGAAAGUUCCAGGGCUCCUUUUCAGUAUACCGAGGGCUACACGACAAAAGGUUCUCAAACCAUGACACCCUCUGGCACCCAGAAAAAAGUUAAGAGAACUCUGCCUAACCCACCCCCUGAGGAGACCUCCACAGGCACUCAGUCAACAUACAGCACAGUGGGCACAGUUUCCAGGAGGAGGAUCUGCAGAACCAACACAAUGGCACGAGCCAAGAUUCUCCAGGAUAUAGACAGAGAGCUUGAUCUUGUAGAGAGGGAAUCUGCAAAGCUGAGAAAGAAACAAGCAGAACUUGAUGAGGAAGAAAAGGAGAUUGAUGCCAAGUUACGGUACCUGGAAAUGGGAAUUAACAGGAGGAAGGAGGCAUUAUUAAAGGAGAGAGAAAAGAGAGAGCGAGCCUACCUCCAGGGAGUAGCUGAGGAUCGGGAUUACAUGUCUGACAGUGAAGUGAGCAGCACCCGACCAACCCGAAUAGAAAGUCAGCAUGGCAUAGAGCGACCAAGAACUGCUCCCCAAACUGAAUUCAGCCAGUUUAUACCACCGCAAACCCAAACAGAAUCUCAACUAGUUCCUCCUACAAGUCCUUAUACACAAUACCAGUAUUCUUCCCCAGCUCUUCCUACCCAAGCACCUACCCCAUACACCCAACAGUCCCAUUUUCAGCAACAGACUUUGUACCAUCAGCAAGUUUCACCUUAUCAGACUCAACCAACAUUUCAGGCUGUUGCAACAAUGUCCUUCACACCUCAAGCUCAACCUACACCAACCCCACAACCUUCUUACCAGUUACCAUCACAGAUGAUGGUGAUCCAACAAAAGCCACGGCAAACUACAUUAUAUUUGGAGCCCAAGAUAACUUCAAACUAUGAGGUGAUUCGCAACCAACCCCUGAUGAUAGCACCUGUUUCUACUGAUAAUACAUAUGCUGUUUCUCAUCUUGGGAGUAAGUACAAUAGCUUAGACUUGAGAAUAGGAUUGGAGGAAAGAAGUAGCAUGGCAAGCAGUCCAAUAUCAAGCAUAUCUGCAGAUUCUUUCUAUGCGGAUAUUGACCAUCAUACUCCACGAAAUUAUGUCCUAAUUGAUGACAUUGGAGAGAUUACCAAAGGAACAGCAGCACUAAGCACUGCAUUUAGCCUUCAUGAAAAGGAUCUGUCAAAAACAGAUCGUCUCCUUCGAUCCACUGAAACACGUAGGUCUCAAGAAGUGACGGAUUUCCUAGCACCUUUACAGACUUCCUCCCGAUUGCAUAGUUAUGUGAAAGCAGAGGAAGAUCCCAUGGAAGAUCCCUACGAGUUAAAGCUUCUGAAACAUCAGAUUAAACAAGAAUUCCGUAGAGGGGCAGAGAGCUUAGAUCACCUUGCUGGUCUUUCCCAUUAUUACCAUGCUGAUGUGGGCUAUAGACAUUUUCCCAAAUCAGAAAAGUACAGCAUUAGUAGACUCACACUUGAAAAACAAGCAGCAAAACAACUACCAGCAGCCAUACUUUAUCAAAAGCAAUCAAAACAUAAGAAGUCACUAAUUGAUCCUAAAAUGUCAAAAUUUUCACCCAUUCAAGAAAGUAGAGAUCUCGAACCUGAUUAUUCAAGCUAUAUGACUUCUAGCACUUCAUCUCUUGGUGGCAUUUCCUCCAGAGCAAGGCUUCUUCAAGAUGACAUCACUUUUGGCCUCAGAAAAAAUAUUACAGACCAACAGAAAUUUAUGGGGUCAUCUCUUAGCACAGGGCUGGGCACAUUAGGAAAUACCCUAAGGUCGGCUUUGCAGGAUGAAGCAGAUAAGCCAUACAGUAGUGGCAGCAGGUCCAGACCUUCUUCCAGACCUUCUUCUGUCUAUGGCCUUGACUUAUCAAUUAAAAGAGAUUCUUCCAGCUCUUCCCUAAGACUGAAAGCUCAAGAGGCUGAAGCUCUAGAUGUUUCCUUUAGUCAUGCAUCACCUUCUGGCAGAACUAAGCCGACCAGCUUACCAAUUAGCCAGAGUAGAGGAAGAAUACCAAUUGUGGCCCAAAAUUCUGAAGAAGAAAGUCCACUCAGUCCCGUUGGCCAGCCAAUGGGAAUGGCCAGGGCUGCAGCUGGACCCCUUCCACCAAUAUCUGCAGACACCAGGGAUCAGUUUGGAUCAAGUCACUCAUUGCCUGAAGUUCAGCAACACAUGAGAGAAGAAUCACGAACUCGAGGCUAUGACCGUGACAUAGCAUUCAUCAUGGAUGACUUUCAACAUGCCAUGUCAGACAGUGAAGCCUAUCAUCUGCGUCGUGAAGAAACAGAUUGGUUUGACAAACCCAGGGAGUCUCGUUUGGAAAAUGGACAUGGUCUGGAUCGCAAACUACCAGAAAGAUUGGUCCACUCUAGACCAGUUAGUCAACAUCAAGAGCAAAUUAUACAGAUGAACGGGAAGACUAUGCACUACAUCUUUCCUCAUGCAAGGAUAAAAAUAACAAGAGACUCGAAGGAUCACACAGUUUCAGGUAAUGGAUUAGGAAUUAGAAUUGUGGGUGGUAAAGAAAUCCCUGGACAUAAUGGAGAAAUUGGAGCCUAUAUUGCCAAAAUUCUUCCUGGAGGAAAUGCAGAACAGACAGGGAAACUUAUAGAAGGGAUGCAAGUAUUGGAAUGGAAUGGAAUUCCUUUAACUUCUAAAACGUAUGAAGAAGUGCAGAGUAUCAUUAGUCAGCAAAGUGGGGAAGCAGAAAUAUGUGUAAGACUGGACCUCAAUAUGCUCUCAGACUCUGAAAAUCCCCAGCACCUGGAACUUCACGAGCCACCAAAAGCCGUGGAUAAAGCGAAAUCCCCAGGGGUUGACCCUAAGCAGUUGGCAGCAGAGCUCCAGAAGGUUUCGUUGCAACAGUCUCCACUGAUUGUGUCGUCCGUUGUGGAGAAAGGAUCUCACGUUCAUUCAGGUCCUACAUCAGCGGGAUCCAGUUCCGUUCCCAGCCCGGGGCAACCAGGGUCCCCCUCCGUGAGCAAAAAGAAACACAGCAGCAGCAAGCCUACUGAUGCAACAAAGGUUGUCUCUCAUCCGAUUACGGGGGAAAUUCAGCUUCAAAUCAACUAUGAUCUUGGAAAUCUCAUAAUCCAUAUUCUCCAAGCAAGAAACCUUGUCCCUCGAGACAACAAUGGUUACUCAGACCCCUUUGUGAAAGUGUACCUUCUUCCUGGGAGAGGUGCUGAGUACAAGAGGAGGACUAAAUAUGUUCAAAAAAGUCUUAAUCCUGAGUGGAAUCAAACAGUAAUUUAUAAAAGUAUCUCCAUGGAACAGCUCAAGAAGAAAACACUGGAGGUGACAGUCUGGGAUUAUGAUAGAUUUUCUUCCAAUGACUUUCUUGGUGAGGUAUUGAUUGAUUUAUCUAGCACAUCUCAUCUCGAUAACACUCCAAGAUGGUAUUCUCUCAAAGAACAGACUGAAAGUAUUGAUCAUGGCAAGGCUCAUUCCAGCCAGGGCAGCCAACAGUCUCCAAAACCAUCUGUCAUCAAAAGCAGAAGCCAUGGUAUCUUCCCUGACCCAUCCAAGGACAUGCAGGUUCCCACCAUUGAGAAAUCCCACAGUAGUCCCGGUAGCUCGAAAUCCUCCUCCGAAGGCCACCUGCGCUCUCACGGACCGUCGCGCAGUCAGAGCAAAACCAGCGUCACCCAGAGCCACCUGGAAGAUGCAGGGGCUGCCAUAGCUGCUGCCGAAGCCGCAGUGCAGCAGCUCCGCCUGCAACCAACAGCACAUAAGAGCGGUCAGUCUAAUCAUGCCAGGAAGCAGCACAGACACAGCAUAGCGGGCGUCCUCCCCAUUCAGAGAACUCAGUCUGAUAAUCUGCCUCCACCAGCCAAUGGCAACCAAGACCAAAGCCAGCUAGCCCUCAGGAAGGUGGUGUCUGAUGGACCAGUCAAGCCAGAAGGAGCAAAGCCUGCCAAUCACCGGCCUGCAGAAAGUUCCGUGUCCACCGGCUCCUCCGGCAGCGGGUAUAGCGUGGACAGUGAAGGAAGCAGCAACACUGCAGGGGAGACCAAUCUAUUUCCUAUUCCACGGAUAGGGAAGAUGGGGCAGAAUGGGCAAGAACCUGUAAAACAGCCAGGAGUAGGAGUGGGACUAGCAGACCCGGAAGUCAAAACUCAGGUAAUGGGCGAAAUCAAGAUUGCACUGAAGAAGGAAAUGAAGACAGAUGGUGAACAACUAAUAGUUGAGAUUCUCCAGUGCAGAAAUAUCACCUACAAAUUUAAAUCUCCCGAUCACUUACCAGAUUUAUAUGUAAAAAUAUAUGUGAUGAACAUCUCUACCCAGAAAAAGGUGAUCAAGAAAAAAACAAGAGUAUGCCGACAUGAUAGAGAGCCUUCAUUCAAUGAAACUUUUAGAUUCAGCCUCAGUCCUGCUGGACAUUCUCUUCAGAUUUUACUUUUCUCUAAUGGAGGGAAGUUUAUGAAAAAGACCUUGAUUGGCGAAGCCUGUAUCUGGCUUGACAAAGUGGAUCUCAGAAAAAGAAUAGUCAACUGGCACAAACUUUUGGUCAGUCCUACACAAACCCAUUGAAGAAAUGUGUCUGCUCAGGGUAUAGAAACUGCUCUAAAUAAUUUCAAAUCAAGACUAGAGUUGGAUACUAUUCUACAAUGUUUUUAAAGGGGUAAACGUGAGAGGAGGAACAACAGGCAAACACAUACUUAAAGCUUCGUGAAUGUUUUGUUGUGGAACACAGAAAAAAACUCAAAUGAAAAAGUUCAUAUUGGAGACCAAAAAAAAAAAAAAAGAGCUUUGAGUCCUUGGAUUGCUUCAAGAAAAACAGCGAGAGCUAUUUUGAUUACUUAAUGCACAAAUCUUUGAGCAGAGUUGAACUAUAGCUAAAGGCAGCUGCUCAAAUAUUAAUAUGGUUCCUCAUGCAAGACAAAGUUGAUCAUUUAUGCAAGACAGCCUUGCCUGAAAGGAAAGAAGUGAUGUAACAAGUCUCAGUUUUCAGGAGUCUAAAGAUCUUUCUUCUUCAUCUUCUUCUCUCAGACGACUUACUGUUUUUAGAUUGUGACAUAGGAUACAACUACAGUAUGCGUUCAAGACUAGAAGUGAGGUGGUUGUGUUCAGAGGGAAAGGGUACUGGAGAUGGAGAAAUUAUGGCUUUUAGGUUUUCUCUCUGUCUAGAUGUUAUAAGCGUGAGCAUCGCCAACUUUGGAAUUCAUGUCCUACAAGCACAUUUGUAUAAUAUGAAAUGAUGUAGAGCGAAGAUAAUACUAAAUGGAAAUGGAAUUACAUUUAUCUAGAAAUAAAGCCAUGAUUGGCUUGCACUGAAUGUUGCCCCAAAAAAUAUUGGACCCUUGGUUGAAAACAUCAAAAUUUCCUUAAGUGACCAUUAAGCCAAUACAUUUUCAAUGUACAUACCAAAGAACAUAGAUUAAAAUGGUAUGUUCCAGGAAGCCUGAUAAGUUGUUCUUUGUGGAAUUGCAAAUAAAUGUUAUUCCACAUAUUUCCUUUCUCUUGAGUGGGGUAUUGAAAGAAAGAAAACUCUUUCUCUGGCAAACAAAUUAUAUUAAUCCUUGACAUGGAUUAAUUCACUUGGUGUCAUUUCCUGCUCUUCCAUAAUGCUUUUUUUGUCCUUAGUGCAUUAACUGAUUGUAUAAUGAAAACCCUGACACCAAACUCAAGUUCUUCCUAGUGCUCCAUUUUUCUCUGUUAGUGACAAUAUUGCAGUGAUCAAGGUCAUCAAUAUUGAGAAAAUAGGUGAAAAGUCAACAUUAUAUUGAGAUUAUAUUAACCUGAGCUAUUUUAUUAAUAUGGAAUAAAAGGACCAAUGUCCAAGUCAUUGAAAUGAAGCAUCCUCUUCUCCAUCGACCAACACUAUAGACAAAGGCAGUAGAAUGGAGUUGUAGGAAAUGCACUCAGCUGGGAUAAAAAGCUUGGCUUCUGUCUUGGUCCUGCCACUGACUAACUGUGUCACCUUGCACAUGUCACUUAAAGUCACUUUUCCUCAGUUUCUUAUUUGUAGGAUAAAAAUAAUUACAUAUUCCUACCCUUCCUAAUGGGAUAUUGGGAUGAUCAAGCCAAGUGAACUGUGAGGAAAAAAAGAAAGCACAUUUUCAGAUAUAGUUUUAUACAUAAAGUGAGGAAUAAUUACUAUGCAGCUCUUUAUUUCUCAAAUUUUAUAUGCAAGAACAUCCUCCAUACCGACGGUAGACAUUGACUUGGAUAAGAGUAGUGUAUUCACUCCAAAACUAAUGGUUUUUCUUUAAAAUACAAACUUGCAUUGAACCUGAGAAAAGGUGAAGAAUUAAAUCAAAAUGAUUUUCAAAUUGGGUUAUUAUAAAUGAAAUGAAUCAUACCAAUCUUAUACUAUUUGCAUAUCCUCUGCCAAAAUAAAUUGCGCCCCAGAGCAUUCUGAGUUUAAAAGCUGCUUCUUCAUUCAAAGAUGAGGUUUUAGUGGGUUUUGAGAAAUCACCUCCAAAUAUGUUGGUUGGAUAUGGAAUUUUCUCACUUUUAAAGAAAAACAUAAUUUAAAUUUGAGAGGAAUUGAUUAAAUGUAAAACACUAAAAAUAAAACAAUUUCUGAUAAAUUCCAGGCUAUAUAUCUUUAUUACGUUCAUAAAGAAAUACACAUGCACUCUUCCCCAAUCCAAGGAGAAAGCAGUUCCUUUCCUUCCCUCUAUUUUUUUACCUGUCUUCCCUGAUAAUGCAGUGUCCUUCACCACUGAUACUGCUCUACAAACAAGCAUGAGGGAAGGGAUUGCUGGAGACUUGAUCCUGCUAAGAUUUUAUUUUUAGAGACAUCUAGAUCUGCUGAUGGUUGCUAUGGAUAUUUCCAGCAGAAGUGAGCACUUUAGGGAGCUUGUAAUCAUCACUCAUCGUUGGGAAAGGAAAGGCUUCAGAAGAUCUCUUUCUGAACAAAAAAGGUUCUGCUAUUUGCCCUUCAAAGGAAACUCUAGCUCACCUUAGGCCCUCUUCUGCAACCACGUACAUCUAGGGGUAUGGAUGAGAGGUUGUAUGACCAGUAAGUCUGACUUUAUUCCAGUUGCGAUUUCUUUUAGAAUAACACAAAUGAGGUGCCACCAAAACAAAGAUCAUCCCUUGGUAGCUAUUUGACCUGAAAGGGUAGGAGUCUCUCCAUUCUAGGUGCCCCUUUGUUCGGAGGAACCAGUGAUGAUGGGGCCAGGUCAAUCAAGAGAGCUAACGAUAGGGCUUCUUUUUUGUGCACCAGCAUCCCCCUUCAGAGAGCAUAAGAUCCUGCCACAGUGUGCCAAGUUUGCAGCUGACCAAAAUCCUAAGUUGUACGGGAAUUAUUCUAUGCAACACUGAUCCUCGAACAAACGCAUUUCUUCUGAAUGAUGUCGAUUACCCUUCUUACAACAAAGUUGUUUCUUUUUUAAUUGCAAAUAGGGCUCUUGGUGUUUUUUACUUUUUUGUAUAUAUCACGGCACAUAAUUUUCCACUUUUUCCUUUCUUUUAUUUUUUGGAAGCAGUUUUUUUCUUAAUCUUACUGAUGACAAAGUUUGUAAUCUCUCAACAAUAUGCAAUCAGUCCAGUUCUACCACCUAUAUCUCGAAAAGCAUCUUAAUUUUCCCCACAACUUCAUUGAGUCAUCAGAAACUGGAGUUGCUUCUUGGUUCAAAAUUUGGUCCUAAAGAAACUUCUAGCUGUAGAAGCAAAAGCACAGAGUGAAUUUUUACAGAAGAUGGGGAUUUGUAGAAUGGUCAUUACAGACAUAGGUAACAGUAUGAGCAAGAAGUUGGUGUUUCCCCCCGUUUUUACUUAAGAUUAAGAAGAUUUUUGGUGACUUGGAACUCUUUCUUUACCAUUUCUGUUGAAAAGAACAGUAUGCAAGACUAAGGAGCAGUGAUUGUCUUUGUUCCUUAAUGUGCCCGUAUUGUAAGUAAUCAUACAAAUAAAUGCAUAUUUUCAGCGUAUCAGUGGAAUUAGUUCUGUGGAUCACACACAUUAAAAUAGUCAUAUUGUGGGAAUAUUAUAGCUGGUAACCAGCUGAUAUUGAUUCUUACUAUAGGAAUGGUCGUAACAAUAGUGGUGAUGGUGGUAGUAACACUAGAUUGGUGGUCAUGUGAAGCAAAAUAAAAUUCUAUACUACAUUGUGCCCAAUUUAUUAGAAAUUAUUUGAUUGAUGUUUCAUUUCAUUAAGAUAUCAUAAAGAUGUUUAUAGUAUUUUUUUACUUUAUUAUUUAAAUCAUAACUAACAAUAUUUUUAAAAACUUAUUUUCAUUGCUAUAAUGUCUAAUAUUCCAAAAGCAGCCAACUACAGCUAUAUAUAUGUUUAUAACUCUCCAUGUGACAGAGUGAGUUUCCGUCUUUUUGAGCUUGACAUGGAAGUGAAAGAAAGCUCAAUGAAUAAUUAUGAGCCGUCUCUUUAAUAAUUACUUGCCUUUGAUGUAAUACAAAAAUGAAUGAGUGAAACAGAUAUUCUCAUUGACUAAGACACAUUGAUGUUUUCUGUAUGUUCCAUGUUGUCAUAAUUAAAGGUACCCAUUAAGUCAAAGUCAUUUAAUCAAAUGAUUCCUUAUCUGAUCUGUAGAUCGAGAGCAUUUUCUUAAAUGGUUACCCUGUACAUAACUACUAUACAUUUGGUAAAACAGACAAAGUUGAAAUAUUAAUUUCAUUUGGCAUUCAGCAUGUGAAUAUGAUUAUCGUUUGAUUGUGUCUAUAUAUUUGUUGGUGAUGUGCUCAGGUGCUCCCACUACUGAUUAAUGUGUGUGCUAAUAUCCUAACAAAAACACAUCUGAUAUUAAUGGGAAAAAAAAUCUUGUCUGAAAAAAUAAAAAUCUAAUAAAAUUGAUUUCAAAAUAAAAAAUAAAGAACUUGGAGGUAUGUCUUGUUUCUAACUACAUGUUGCAUGCCGUGUUGGUGAUUUGCUAAUGUGUUCUUUUCUGUUCUACCCAAAUCUCUCUGGAAAAAUCUAAUGAACAAGUACCAGUUCUUGGGCUAAAGGUUGUAGAAAUUCAACGGAAAUACAUGAGAAUUGUAUUAAAAAUGCUUGUAAAUCUGUCUUGAGUUUUUCUCUAUGUAAAAAUAUGUCUCGGUUUUGUGAUUGUAUGCAAGAUGUAUCUUGAUAGCAUAUGCAGACUGUGCUGUAUAA